GCCUUUUUUCUUAUUAGUUUAUAGAACCAAAACUCACCGGCUGAUUGUUUGAAGAUUCUGCACUAGUUUCUGGUUUUUGAUUUUUCAAAAACCAAUUUUUAUCCAAUCAUGAUUUUGACAAAAUAGAUUUCCUAUUUUUUAGGGAAUCGGGUUUUUGCUUCAUUUUACUCUUUCUUUUUCAAAAACCAAAAUCUCUAUUCUAUUGGAUUCUCCUUAAGAAAAGCUAAUACAAAAAAAAAUGAUUUUUUUUCUCUUUUUUUUUGUUAACUAAUUUUAGCUAAAUAAUAUACUAUAUAAGACAGAGCUAUUUCACUACAAACACACAAAGCAAAGCAAAUCAAACGUAAACCUUAAAUAAUGCAUCCAAGUGUCGAGUUUUAGGAAGCUUGCUGAUCAUACACAUUUCGUUUCAAAUCUUCUUCUCUACAUCCAAUCGAGAAGGUAUGGCACAGCAAGGACAAUCAUCAAAUGGCAAAGAGAAAGAAGCAUUUUACCGAAUGCUUGAAGAUGAUGAAGCAGAAGAUGGAAGCAUUAAUUUUGGAGAAUCCUUCAUCGAUCCUUACUCUGUGAGUAUAGAAAGGCAACGCAUGAACCUGGAUCCAGAACGCGGUCGAAGAUAUGUAUAUGAAUUACUUCACGGCCACGACGUACAAUGCUAUAACAUAAUUCGAAUGUAUCCACCGGUAUACAUUCAGUUAUGUGAAAAGCUUAAGGAUGAUUAUCAGUUGAAGGAGACUGACAAUGUAUUCCGGGAUCAGCUCAUGAUGCAAAAGUUUUAGCACUAGCUAUGGAGGGACCUCAUCAAUUUUCAACUACACCUUUUGGAAAUAUUAUUUAGGAGAUUCUGGUUAUCCUCUUCGACCUGGAUUUCUUACUCCAUAUAGAGGGAAAAGAUAUCAUCCUAGCCAAUAUGAUGGAGCUAGUCCGCCCAGUAGUUAUAAAGAAAUGUUUAACAAACGACAUUCUUCGCUGCGAUCUGUUAUUGAAAGGACUUUUGGUGUGUGGAAAGGAAAAUGGCGGGUUUUAAGAGAGAAGCCAAGAUACAACAUACAUGUUCAAAAAAGAGUUGUUGCAGCUACAAUGGCUUUACAUAAUUUUACCAGGCUAUCAAAUUUAGGAGAUUUUGAUUUUGAUUCGGACUAUCCAACUGAUAAUGUACCAACUGAAGACUCUGAUUCAGAUGAAGACGAAGAACAUAAAACACUCAUGUGCACUAUAUGGAAGGCAUUCGAGAUCAAAUUUCUGCAUCUUUAUGGGAUUCAAGAUACAUUUUUAUUUUAUAAUUGAUUUUUUUUUUGUUUUAAAAUAUUUUUUUUUAAUUAUGUAUGCUUUGAUGAUAGUAUUUUAUUUUUUAUUUUUCAA